CUUCAAAUUUCAUUCUAGGCAUCGCUAUGGAUUAUAUUUAUUUUCUCUUCUACUGCACAAUCUGUGUAUUAUUUUUGGAUUAUAGACACGCUGCAUACUCUCAUGACAAUCUCUCUGGAAAGUUAAGUGAAUACGGACUCAUCGUACCGUUCAGCACGGACUCUCAAGGCCGGUAUAUUUCUCACGUGGUGUCGCUCGCAGAUGGAAGUAAAAGUGGCGUUUCGUCCGCUGGAAGACGUCGCGUUUCCCGCAGCGUCCCAAGUUCCUCCACGUUCACAUCUAGUAGUCAACAGUUGUUUUUCAACGUCACUGUCUUUGGUAAGGAGUUGCACUUGCGCCUCAGAGCCAACAGAAGGCUGGUUGCACCAGGUGCCUUUGUGGAAUGGCAAGAGGACUUCGAGGAAAAGGCCAAGGAGCGUAUUCACGGCAACUGUGUUUUUACCGGGGAUGUUACUGAUAUGCCAGACGCCACAGUGGCUAUUAGUAACUGUGAUGGACUGGCAGGCCUCAUUCGAACGGACAAUGAGGAGUUCUUCAUCGAGCCCUUGGAGAAGGGCCAGCAAGAGGUGGAGGUCAAGGGCCGCGUCCACGUGGUCUACCGACGCUCCGCCAUCAAGAAAGAGCCCAGUCCACCCAAAGAACACCUGCACAACGAAGUGGCCGAUUUUGGCAUCGCGGAUCUGCCCAACGCCCUGGACGCGGUGGAGCAGAAGCUGACCGAGUCGGAGCGCAAGCGGCGGGCCGCCAAGAAAGAGGACUACAACAUCGAGGUCCUGCUGGCCGUGGACGACUCGGUGGUGCGCUUCCACGGCAAGGAGCACGUCCAGAACUACGUCCUGACCCUCAUGAACAUCGUAGAUGAAAUCUACCAUGACGAAUCCCUGGGAACCAACAUCAACGUGGUCCUCGUGCGCAUCAUCAUGGUCGGCUACAGACAGUCUAUCAGUCUGAUUGAGCGUGGGAACCCGUCCCGGAGCCUGGAGCAGGUGUGCCGCUGGGCCAACACCCAGCAGCGCUUGGACCCCAGCCACGCCGAGUAUCACGACCAUGCCAUCUUCCUGACCAGGCAAGAUUUUGGUCCCGCAGGUUACGCCCCGGUGACGGGCAUGUGCCACCCCCUGAGGAGUUGCACGCUCAACCACGAGGACGGCUUCUCCUCCGCGUUCGUGGUGGCCCACGAGACAGGACACGUGUUGGGGAUGGAGCACGACGGCCAGGGCAACCGCUGCGCCGACGAGACCAGCAUGGGCAGCAUCAUGGCGCCGCUGGUGCAGGCCGCCUUCCACCGCUACCACUGGUCACGCUGCAGCAAGCAGGAGCUCAACCGAUACCUGCACUCCUACGACUGUUUGUUGGAUGAUCCCUUUGAGCACAAAUGGCCCAAGCUGCCCGAGCUUCCCGGGAUCAACUACUCCAUGGACGAACAGUGCCGCUUCGAUUUUGGGGUCGGGUACAAGAUGUGCACAGCAUUCCGGACUUACGACCCCUGCAAGCAGCUGUGGUGCAGUCACCCUGACAACCAGUACUUCUGCAAGACCAAGAAGGGACCCCCUGUGGAUGGCACCGAGUGUGCCCCUGGGAAGUGGUGCUUCAAGGGCCAUUGCAUCUGGAGGUCGUCUCACGAGCCCUACGGUCACGACGGCAGCUGGAGCUCCUGGAGCAAGUUCGGCUCGUGCUCGCGCACCUGCGGCGGAGGGGUGCGCUCACGCAACAGGCAGUGCAACAACCCAGCUCCUGCGUACGGUGGCCGCGAAUGCCCCGGCUCCACGUUCGACUACCAGAUCUGCAACCCGGAGGACUGCGCCGGCCCCUACGAGGACUUCCGCGCCCAGCAGUGUGUCCAGCGCAGCAACAAGUACCACAACAGCAUCAAGCACACCUGGCUGCCUUACGAGCAUCCGGACGAGGCCCAUAAGUGUGAGCUGAGCUGCCGCUCUAAGGAGACGGGUGAGGUGGUGUUCAUGAACCAGGUGAUGCACGACGGCACGCGCUGCAGCUACACCGACCCCUUCAGCGUCUGCGCCCGCGGGGAGUGCUUGCAUGUGGGCUGUGAUAAAGAGGUGGGCUCCUACAAACAGGAGGACAAGUGUGGCGUGUGCAACGGGGACAACUCGCACUGCCGAACCGUCAAGCUCACGCUCACCAAGACCCCUAAGAAAACAGGCAUGCUGAAGGUGUUUGACAUCCCCGUGGGGGCGCGUCACAUCCUUAUCGAGGAGAACGAGACCUCUCCGCACAUAAUUGCUGUGAAAAAUCAGGUGACGGGCAACUUCAUCUUGAACUCCAAGGGUGACGAGCUCAAGUCCAAGACGUUCAUUGAGGAUGGACUCGAGUGGGAGUAUUCUGUCGGAACUGGCAAGGAGUCCUUGAAAACCAUCGGGCCCCUCCAUGAAGGCAUUGUUGUGCUUGUGGUCCCUCAGGAGGAGGAGGCCAAGAUCAGCCUGACCUACACAUACAUCAUCCACGAGGACCUGGUGCCCGUCAUCACCAACAACAACGUGCUGCUGGCCGAACUGGACACGUACGAGUGGGCACUGAAGAGCUGGUCACAGUGCUCCAAACCCUGUGGAGGAGGUGUCCAGUACACCAAGUACGGCUGCAGAAGGAAAAGCGACAGCCGACUGGUGCACCGUAACUUCUGCGAGCUGGGCAAGAAACCGAAACCGAUCCGGAAACGCUGCAAUGUCCAGGAAUGCAGUCAGCCUAAGUGGGUGGUUGAGGAGUGGAGCCCCUGCAGUAAGACGUGUGGCAAGGCGGGCUACCAGUCGCGCGCGGUGACCUGCACGCAGGCCCUGCACAACGGCACCAGCCGCGGCGUCCACACCAAGUACUGCGCCGAGGAGCGGCCCGACGCACGCCGCGCCUGCAACAUCUCCGCCUGCCCCGCUCCCUGGAGGACCGGCGCCUGGUCACAGUGCUCGGUCACCUGUGGUGAAGGCAUUCAGCAAAGGCAGGUUGUUUGCCGUGCCAUGGACAACAGCAGUGGUCAGUGUGAGGGAGAAAAGCCAGAAACCGUCCUCAUCUGCAAAGUAGCCCCUUGUCCAGGUCAGUCUUCACUUCCGUCACCCACAACUGUCGUAGAACUGGUGGAGAACGGGACCUCGAGUGACUCAGACGCUGGCGAUAACGACCCCAUCGACAAAAUCUCCAAUGAACCAUGCCUGGGCGACAAGUCCAUUUUCUGCCAGAUGGAAGUGCUGGCGCGUUACUGCUCCAUCCCGGGCUACAACAAGCUCUGCUGCGAGUCCUGCAGCAAGAGGGCCAUGGGUCCAGCCAGCACCGAGGCCACCCCCACCACCCCGGCUCCCAACCUGGACACGGCAGUCCCCGACCCGCGCCACAGCGUCACCGCCCCUACCCACUCCAGCGCCAUCGUUCCGACCCCGGACACCACGACCGCCUCGACCGCCUCGACCGCCUCGACCACCCCUAGCGCCUCGACAGCUUCAACCGUCGCCAGCACCUCCACACGAGCCCCGGCGCGAACCACCAAGACGCCCGCGAGGAGACCACGCUCCACAGUGCAAGGCCAGACCCCGCCACCGGCGCCUUCCAGUUCGCAGGCAGCAUCCGUCUCUCCCGAGGGCAACGCCACCAGGCCUCUGCCCUCAACCCCGCCCCUGGAGCCCCCCACUAGUCAGAGCCAAGCCCUGGCCCAGACGCCCUCUAGUUCUGGGCCCCCUCUACCUCUGGAUCCCACUGGACCCCCGGUCCAGUCCACCACCCCCCAUCCCAGCGGAGAGGAUGGCAACAGCACUUUAGGCGCCCAGGGGGCCAGCGAGGGGCCGAUAAGGGACAGUGUGGAAUCGGAGAGGCCCCUGACACAAAGGACCUUGCCCAUGGAGACCUGAGCAGCUGCUUUUUUUUUUUUUUUCGAUAGUCAUUGUUUGUUUUGUUUUCUCAUGUUUCUGUUUGUUUAUUUGUUUGUUUUGUUUGUUUGUUCGUUCAUCGGCUCACUGUCUCUACAUGGUUCCUGGUGAACACACUCUGUCGUCAUCUCAUCACUCUUUACCAGUGGACAUAAACCUGGAAUGGUUACCUCAGUACAAACAUACACAUACAUACACACACACACACACACACACACACACACACACACGGAGAGAGACAUAUGCACACACACACACACACACACACACACACGCACACACACACACACGGAGAGAGACAUAUGCACAACCACUCACAGAUCAUAGACAUGUCAAUAUUGAAAUGCACAUAGGGGCGAAUUCUCCCAUUCGCGCGUUAAGCCCUUUUUUACGCGCUUCAGUUACGCACUUCUCAGUAAUGCGCACAGCUUGCAAGUUUGAAAUCAAGGCGGCCUUGUGAAAGAGACCAGACUGAUCCACCAUGUCGUUAAUUUAGGUUGACAUGAAAAUUUAGACCAGGGCGUACUGCCAGCAUUGAGUAAUAUGCUGCUUCACCUUGUAGUGGCGCUCAACCUUACAGUAAUUCAGCCCUUGGGAGUGUAUACUGUAGCUGAAAAGGUGCCAGAAUGCAUAAGAAAUGGGCAGAUUUUGGGAUUGCUCCUCCCAAAAGACGUAAUUCCCUUCAUUGUGCGUAAAUUACAGAUUUAAGUGAAGGGGAGAAUUUGCGCCGGUUAACAACCUCUUAGUUAUGCGUUUUUUUAUUUAUGCACAUGGGAGAAUUCACCCCAUAGUCAUUUACAUCAUAUGCACACACAUAUACCUGCAACCAUCAAGAAAUCACUAUGCCUCUGCACAGCAUUGACCUACCUUCUCUGCUUAAAAUAACAAAUGGAAGAAAACAAGAAGACAAACAUUUUUGGAAAAUGGUGCUAACUCUAAAGCAACUCGUGACAUUGUAAAAGAACCAAAAUGCAGUGACUGCAUCAUGACUGCUUCCAUUCUUCUGUGUUGUUGAUGUCUGCCUGUUCAACUGGUAUCUAUCCAAGUGCAUCAGAACUACUAAUUUUUGCUUCGCUUUAUGAACAAGCACGUUGGUGAUCCUUGGCUGACUUAAGUCAGGCCAUGCUUAUUGGACGAGGGUGUCACUGCCAUUGUGCACCUCCCUCAGGUGCUGUUGAAGUGUGACAAGCCAUCCACCCUCUUCUCUUCAGUGUGAUGGUCCUCACAAAGCCCUUUGUCCUCACAAUCCCAAUGUGUGUGUAUGUAUGUGUGUGUGUAUAUGUGUGUGUGUGUGUGUGUGUGUGUGUGUGUGUGUGUGUUUAUGUGUAUGUGUGUGUGUGUGUGUGUGUGUGUGUGUGUGUGCCUGAUAAGCACACAUUACGUUACAAAUGCAUGCACAUUGCUUUUGUGAAACUCACAUAUGCUUUAAAUGAAAACAGAAAAAAAGAAAGAAAAAAAAUCUGAUAUUUUUUUAAACUGAUAUAUUUUUCAAGCAAAUAUUGUAUAUAGUGUAAAUUUCAAGUAGCGGAUAUGAAAUUAACAUCCAGCUGUGUAAUGUAAAGUAUAUUUACAAAUGGGAAAUACAGACGCUGAGACGCUGUCUUGUGGAAUGUGGUCGAUCCCAGUGUCAUAGCAACAACUGUGGCAUUAUUUCAUUCCUCUUCGUGCAGUUUAACCACCUAUGUGUAUUGUAUAGUUCUUGUAUAUAUAUACAUGAGAGCUUUAAGUGUUAAUAUUUAUUAUUUUUUUUAAAGGUAGGAAGAUACAUGCUAAAAAAUUUACAUGUUGAGAACUAAACUAAAAAGUUGAGAACUAAAGAGAAAAUAUUUCAAACUCCAAAUGCAAACAAAAAAAAAGAUUGAGUGCAUAUGUAACUGUCUGUGAAGCCAGGGGCAUUGAAAACGUUCGCAAAAUGUUCCUCUCCAUCUUGUGUUCUCGGACUUUAAUAUGGACAGACCCGUAAUGAAUCGAGCUAGCAUCAUUCAUUAAAUGUACCAUUACUCUUGUGAUUGGAAACAUGUUUAAUUAUCCACAGCGACCCUUGUUUCAGGCAUACUCAGUCUAUUCUACGACGUUCUCAUGGAGAUGGCUCAUAGUGAAACACUGGCCUGUCAAUGUCAUCUCAGCAACUUCCGCACACAGUGAGGAUUCUGCAGUACGUGCUGUGGACCAAUUUGUUGUGCUAACUGAAAGCUGCAUGCAUUAUGAAACCCUUAAAAUAAGUAUAUAUGGAAAUAAUUAUAUAUAUAUAAAUAUACAGUAUAUAUAUAUAUAUAUCCUGUUGUAUUUGUAGCUACAGUUUACUAAAGAGAGACCUUCACACGGGCACUGUGUGAAGUGUCUUUUACAGAGGGCAUUGUUGAACUGAGUUUAACUUGACAAUGAGAAAUUAGUGUGUGAGGCUUUGUGUAUGUUGACAGCCAUUAGGCUCCUUGAUGAGAUAUUGUGUCAGUUCCUCGGCGACUUGAGAACGAUCUGUUGUCACGGUAAUUCCAACACUUCAAACGUGCACUAGCAUUCUGUGAAAAAAGUUUUUGUUUUGUUUUGUUUUGUUUUUUUUAAGUUUGUUCCUGUGUAAGAAGGCUCAGACACAGCCAUGCAUUUUCAGUCCUGGCACAAGUGAAUUUAACAUGCAAAUGUUUUUAAAACCAUGAUAAAUGUUGAAAAAAAAAAAAGAUUAAAGUUACGUUUAUGAAAUGAAAAAAA